AUGGCCUCCAAUCGUCAAGCUUCCCAACUACUUGAAGUCCCAAGGAACAUGCCUACGGGCAAGCUUUACUCCAUCGCCGAUCUCCAUAUCGGCUUCGCGGACAACAAAGCAGCUUGGUCAAAGUUGAAACCUCAUCCAGGAGAUGGGCUCAUUCUGUGUGGAGACGUUGGAGAUACCGCAGAGCAGCUACAAUCAGCGUUUUCUAAAGCAACAGAAUGCUUUGAUACUGUAUGGUGGUGUCCUGGUAAUCACGAGCUAUACACGCUCCCCGAUAAAUCCGGCAGCGGAGCUCGAGGGGAGCACAAAUAUCAAGAAUGCAUUGAUAUAGCACGAAAAUACAACAUUAUUACUCCUGAAGACAGCUUUGUUGUUUGGGAAGGAGACGGUGGUCCAGCUGUCAUUGCUCCGAUUUUUACACUGUACGAUUAUUCGUUCAGACCUGACAAGGUGAGCUUGGAGGGUGCAGUGCCCUGGGCAAGGGAGAAGAAUACAGAAGCUACAGACGAGUUUUUGCUUCAUCCGGAUCCGCAUCGUAGCCGACAAGAUUGGUGCAAAGUGCUCGUUGAAAAGUUCGAGACGAAGUUGGAGGCUACAAGGAGAAAAUUUCCGUCUUUGCCUUUUGUUAUUGCAAACCAUUGGCCACUACGAGAAGAUUUGGUGACACUUAAAUUUAUUCCAAGGUUCAGUUUAUGGUGUGGCACCAAGUUGACGGAAGAUUGGCAUCGGAGAUUCAAUGCCAAUGUGGUCGUUAGUGGCCACCUUCAUAUCCGGAGGACCGAUUGGAGGGAUGGGUGUCGAUUCGAAGAAGUCAGUCUUGGUUAUCCACGACAAUGGGAGAAAUGUGCUGAGAUGGGGUUGGGGGUGAAUGAGCUCCUGAGAGAGAUUUUACCGGGUGCAGAAAUUAUCAAAACUGGAGAGGUUCCAACUCAAUGGAGAAUGUUCGGAUAG